AUGUCUGACGGCGACAAAUUUCUUGCCCUUGCUGACGGAAAUGAGGUCGUAUUCUCGUCCAGCAUCAGCCAGUCCUUCAGCCAGCAUCGGCCAUACCCUCGCAGCAUUGGCCAAGCCCUCGUCCAUAAUCGGCCAAAUCCUCGACCAGCAUCAGCCAAACCAUCGCCAAGCAUUAACCGAGCCCUCGCCCAGCAUCAGUCAAACCCUCGCUCAGCAUCGGCCAAGCCCUCGCCCAGCAUCAGCCAAACCCUCGCCCAGCAUCAGCCAAGCCCUCGCCCAGCCUCAGCCAAGCCCUCGCCCAGCAUCAGCCAAGCCCUCGCCCAGAAUCAGCUAACGAUCGCCAGCAUCAGCCAAACCCUCGCCCAGCAUCAGCCAAACCCUCGCCCAGCAUCAGCCAACGCUCGCCAGCAUCAGCCAAACCCUCGCCCAGCAUCAGCCAAACCUCGCCCAGCAUCAGCCAAACCCUCGCCCAGCGUCAGCCAAACCCUCCGCCAAUAG